CCUAUAGAGGGAGGCUGGUCGCGGUGGUAACAACAGCGGGGCGAGGGGCGCCGCGCUGAGGAGCUUCCCUGCACUGUGGGUGGUGCGGAUCAUGGGCCGGUCCCCGGCGUCUGGUGCCCGGGAAUGGGACCGUACGGAUCGGGAGAAUGGCGAGGGCUGGGAGACACGAGUGGACCGCAAGGCCCGGAAGCCCCUGGUGGAGAAGAAGCGCCGCGCGCGGAUCAACGAGAGUCUGCAGGAACUACGGCUGCUGCUGGCCGACACCGAGGUACAGGCCAAACUGGAGAACGCCGAGGUGCUGGAGCUGACGGUGCGGCGCGUGCAGGGCGCGCUGCGGGGCUGGGCGCGCGGGCUCGAGCAGCUGCAGGCAGAAGCCAGCGAGCGCUUCGCCGCCGGCUACAUCCAGUGCAUGCAUGAGGUGCACACGUUCGUGUCCACGUGCCAGGCCAUCGACGCCACCGUUGCCGCUGAGCUCCUGAACCAUCUGCUGGAGUCCAUGCCUCUGCACGAGGGGAGCAGCUUCCGGGAUCUGUUGGGGGACGCUCUGGCAGGGCCCCAGGGAGCCCCUAGGAGAAGCAGCUGGCUCACAGGAGGGGCCCCGGGGUCCCCACUACCCAGCCCUCCACCCUCUGGGGACGACCCGUGUUCCGACCUGGAGGAGGCCCCCGAGGCUGAACUGAGCUGUGCACCUGCUGAGGGGCUGGACUUGGUGCCUGAGGCCCUGGGCAGCCUUACCACUGCCCACGUGGCCCAGAGCAUUUGGAGGCCUUGGUGACCAGUGCCAGCCAGCCGUGGCCCUGGCCAGCACCUUGCGGUCCGCUCGUGUCUCCCAGCCGUCGUCAUUCUCCUGGUUGCCAGCCACCCCCUCCUCCCUGGGGUCUAGAUGUGGUGGAGCAGGGUCCUGGCUAUCCACCCUCCUAGUUGAUGGCCAGUCCAUCCAGGCCCCUUGCCCUGCCCUUCAGGGAGUAACUUCUGGUGCCCCACCUCUGGGAGGGUGGAGGGAGGGAGCUACGGGCAGGAGGAGGAAUGUUGCAGAGUUUCCAGCGCUCUCCAGACACUGUGUGGAUAUGGGGCAGAGGUGACCACAGUGGAGCUGAGCCUCUCCUCGGCGCGGGGAACAAGUGUCAGGGCAGAGGGAGACCUCUGACCCUGGCAGCCCUGCCUGGGCAGAAGCUUGAACUCGCUGCUUCGGCUAGGACAUGGUGGAGACAGGUGCAGAACCGCCCCCAGCUGCCAGAGAAGCUGGGCUUUCUGUGCGCCUUGCAUUUAGCACACUUGAGUUUGUUAGGUUGCUAUCUAGUGUUCUGAUCUAUUAAAUAAAGGA